AGUCAUGUGCGGUCGGAAGCAUAGCAGACUAUCAAAGAAAUUUAGGGGGAAUAUUGAAAUAAAAUGUGAUUUAAAAUAAGAUUCUGAAUGUAGAGCGCGCAAGUUAAAUUAGAACUCGUCAAAAAUUUGAAUUUGUUUUAUAGUUAUACGAUCAUAUCCUUGGAAUAGGCGGGAAAGAGAAAGUUGUGUAUUCUGCUGUUCUGCAAGGAUGCUGCCAAGAACACCAAUGGCGAACUCAAAAUCAACGAUAAUCGACAUCCCGGAAGAUGUAGAAGACGUUGAGUUUCUAAGUCAACUCGACGCGGCGGAAGCUCAAGCAAUCUCUCUCUCUGCCUCCAAGCGCCGCCGCGUCUCCGUCGACUCGGCGGUGAAAUUGGAGAGAGAAAAUCAGGGAUUCGUUCAAGUAAUCGAAGAGGGAGCUUACACUGCUGCACUCAAGGGAAGCAAGAGCCUCACAUGGCAGAAACAACAGCAGGUUAGCCUCACUAAAACCCCUCAAUCGUCGGUUACUACCACCGCAGGAGGUGGUGCUUGUUUUAAAUGUGGAAAGGAAGGUCACUGGGCUAGGGAUUGCCCGCAAGCGAUGUCGCCGGCGGUGAAUUUGGGAUCCGGACCGCCGCAUGCGACGGCGGUGGCAGGGGUGGAGAAGGCGUGCCCUUGCGGAAUGGGGAUUUGUUUGCUUCUUACUGCUAAUACUGAGCGUAAUCCCGGUCGCAAGUUCUUCCGUUGCCCUAUUCGUCAGGAGAAUGGUGGUUGUGGAUUUUUUGAGUGGUGUGAUGAAUCAUCUGCAAAAAUGACAUCUCCUGGAGAUAAGUCUUGGAAGAAUGUAGAGCAGCAGCAAUUCUACCAGCGCCCUACUAACCAGGCUUCUGGUUAUACAAAAUCGUGGAAUGACUUUGAUAAAGGAACUAGUGCUCCAAACUCCAGCUACGGUCAGAAGUUUGAAGCCACUGACAAUAGAAGCUACGGCAUGAAAAGUGGUUCCUCAACUUCCUCCUGCUUCAAAUGUGGCCAGGAAGGGCACUGGGCAAAAGACUGCCUUACUACUUCAUCCAAUGCAACCGCAACUACAACUGUAACUGCAACUACUGGCGCGAGAGGAAACCAAUCAUCUGGUACUUGUUACAAGUGUGGCCAGUCUGGACAUUGGGCAAGGGAUUGUUCCCAGUCUCAGGGCCAGUCUACUAAGGUUCGAAACUGGUGAAAUCUUAUGUUUUUCACCUCUUAUUUGCCCCAUUUUCCUAUCUCUUCUGUUUUGUUGUUGUUUCGAUCUGUAUAUAGGGCUUUUUUCUGGUGUUGUUAGGCAUUGUAGGCUGUAGCCAAUGCUGAAGUACUUUGUUGAGUAAUUCAACUACAUGAGCUGAUGGGUGGUAAUCUCAAAACUGUGAACUACUGAAUUGUGAUACCUGCAUUUGGUCUUUUUCUA